AUACCAAUGUGCUGAGCCAAUGGCUUUUCCACAGAGCAGCUGGCUGGCAUCAGGACGGGACAGGCCGCUCGCAGGAAGGAUACCUGCAGGACGGCUCUCGCUUCGCUCGCCGUAGGACACCACGGACGGUGACUUCCAGGAGGUGUUCAUGGGAUGCACUAUCUACGCAGCCAGCCCUAAGGCCCUGCCCGCCGACGAGGCCUCGGGCCAGGACACAUACUGCCAGCCCCCCCACUACCACCACCCUCAUGGUAACUGCAGUCAGAGGAUAGCAGCCUGCAGAGCCAGGUGGAGGUUACAAGGCUCGUCCCCACUCCACGACAAACCAUUUCCAGCUGCAUGCAAAGCAACUUCACCAAGGGCCAGGAGCAUGACUGAGAAGCAGGAGCAGGCUGAAGAAACGGGCCUCAUCUCCACACAGGACCUGGACCCGUCCAAGGACGACGACACACACGGCCACUUCAGGUUUCAGCUGAUUGAAGACCUGUCCUAUGAAGAUGUGAAGAAAUGUUACAGGGGCUCGUGUGUGUCUUGCAGCGGUUUGCUCCAGGCCUUGGAUGUGCGCGAGUGUGUGUGUGAGUACGGUGCCACGGUGCUGAGCCUGGUGCAGAGCUCCCGGCCGCUGAGGGAGAGGGUGGCGCCGAGCGGAGCCGGAGUGGCCGGAGUGGCUGGAGGUGGCGGAGGAGCCGGUGGGGCUGGUGCUGUGCAGGCAGGCCGCUCCACCAAGGAGCUGCUCAUGACUCUGCCCUGUCCCUCUGCACAGACUGUCAGCAAGUACAACUCGCAAUACCACAAACUGUUCCCAUGCGUGCCCAAGGAUGAAAUUCUCAUGAAAGUGUACUCCUGCGCCCUUCUCAGAGACAUCCUUCUACAAGGCCGCCUGUACAUUUCCAGAAACUGGUUGUGUUUCUAUGCCAACCUCUUCGGCAAGGACAUCAAGGUGGCGAUCCCUGUUGUUUCUGUGAGGCUCGUGAAGAAACACAAAACAGCUGGCCUUGUGCCCAACGGUUUGGCAAUCACCACAGACACCGGCCAGAAGUAUGUAUUUGUGUCUCUGCUGUCAAGAGACAGCGUGUAUGAUGUCCUCCGCAGGAUCUGCACGCACCUGCAGGUCAACGGGAAGAGUCUGAGCUUGAAGCAGUUCAUGGAGGAGCCGACUUUAUCACUGGAUGAGUUCCCGCCUCCAGACGAGUUCCCCGUGGUUGAUGAAUUCCCAUCAGUGUUAAAGUGGCGAAGGAAACCCUCCGUGGUGUCCGUGUCCUCCUCCCUUCCCGACCUCCUGGGGAACUCCACCAGCGCGUUGGGUCCGCCAGACACGUCCUUCAAGUCAGAGCAGCCGUUGGAAGAGCGAGGUCUGCAGACAGACAGAGGUCUCUUAUCAGAGCCCGUGACGGAGCUGGGCCAGAUGGAGUACCAGCUGCUCAAGUUCUUCACCCUGCUCAUCAUUCUGCUCAUCCUGUCAUCCUGCUACCUGGCCUUUCGUGUGUGCAGUCUGGAGCAGCAGCUUUCUUUCCUCAGUAAUCCCAAUCUACCCCUCCGAGAGAGGUAACCACUGCUCUCCACUUUGACCCGCCGGACUGGCCGCUGAUUACUCUCCUCACGCUCGGGAGUCCAUGAUGCCUCCCAGCUUAGAGUCAGAUCUAGGACCAGCUUAGAGCCCAGAAUAGAUCAGAGCGGCUGCAGCAACACGACCGGAGGAAUCCAGGAAACCGUCCCAACGUGGAGCGACUUCCUGCUCACUGAUCACUUCCAGACUAUGCAAACAGACUGUAUAUUUAUUCCUGAGUCUAAAGUAUCUUUUCUUUUAGAGUUUGAUUGUCUGAAAGGGUCUUUCCCUCUCACUGACAUAUAAUUUAUUAACAAAUAAGUCUUCAGUGUAAAGACAACCUUAAUCGUAGAGCAAACUGAAUCUGCUGUUUGUGACACUGACGAUGGUCGGAAGUGGCGACGGACGAUGAAGGUGUUUUACAUGUGGAAUAACAACACACAGAUGCUUGAAUGGACUGAGAGUCGAGGUAUUUCAGGUGUGUUGUGGUCGUUGCAGAGUCGACUCAUCCGC